UCCGGCCGUCUCCGUCUUGAGAGAGGGAGAGAGAGAGAGAGAGAGGGAGCGAGACUUUAGGUGAGAUUUUCACGGGCGAGGGAAACCCUAGAUUUCAGAGAGAAGGUGAGGAAGAAUAAUAUGAGCCAGGACGAGCGGAGCAAGACGGGGGAGAACCCUCCGCCUCCGCCUCCGCCGCCGCCUUAUUACGGGACUUUCCAGGGAGUCCCUCCGUAUGGCCAUGGCCAGCCGUACGCCCACGGACAGCCUGCGAUCGGAUUCCCCCAGCCCGUGCCUCCUCCAGGAUCGGUGCCCUCGGCGCCUCCGUACUUCCCGCACGGGUACCAGACGGUUCCCGGUUAUGCGAUUGCGGAAGGAAGGCCAGUAAGAGAACCUCGUCUUCCUUGUUGUGGCCUUGGACUGGGAUGGUUUUUGUUUAUUAUUGGCUUCUUUCUCGCUGCAAUUCCAUGGUAUAUUGGAGCUUUCAUCCUCAUCUGUGUUAGAAGAGUGGAUUACAGAGAAAAGCCUGGGUACAUCGCAUGCACAAUUGCUGCAUGUUUAGCUAUCAUCGCCAUAAUUCUUGGGGUGAGCAAGGGCGUCGAUGACUGGUGAUAAGAUUUCUGGCCAUUUAUGUCCGGAAAUACCGAGUAUCCAUUUAGGGUGGUGGGAUUCCGUUGCUUUAUCUGCUGGUGUGUCCAUCUCUGUUCAUAUGUGUGAUAUUGUAAUUAUUUUAUUUUAUUUGCUGUAUUUUGGUAUUCAAACUGAUAAGGUACCGCUUCCUAAUUAUUUUGCAACUAAGAGCAUUUCUCCC